GGUGCUCAGUGGCCACCAAAAAUGGAGUUCGCGAACAGAUUGGUCGCCGCAGCAACGAAAGCCGCCAACAAUAACACAGUGAUAAACGUAUGCCUCGUAGGAGCCUUUACAGCGUUAUGCGUGCGAUCCGUGAACCACCAAAAGGACAUUGAAGCUCUGGAGGCGGAGAAGGAGUCUUUAAUAAAAUCAAAUAAAGCCUUGAGAAAGACCAUGUGGGAUUGGAAACAGGAGCUUUUUGCUGAAGCCCACUCCGAUUCUGCCUUGGUGCCUCUCGCCAGACUCAAGGCCAUCUAUGGCGAGGCACCAUCGCACCCAACUGGAGAUGCUGGGAAGGAAGAUGCAAAAUUACCAGCAUCUAAACUUGUAAUCUAAAGGUUUUCAUCAUGAAUUAUUCACUUUAUCUAGCAUGCAGAUUAUAAUGUAGCAGUGGCAACAGUUUUUAUUUUAUUCUCUCACUUCUGCUGAUAAAGUAUGAAUUGAUUUUGGCCUUUUUGGCAUUUUGGGUAUGAUCAAAGCAAUAAUUUUCCCUCUAAAGAAAAAAGAACAAAGAAAAAAGAAAAAAGAAAAAAAAAAGAAAAAGACCGGUUUUCUAUUUCUAAGGAAGGGAAU